GCUUUCGAUUGGCUCAGUCAUCACCAGCGCUGACUUGCGAUUGGUCGGCUCAAAUUCGUCUCCCCUUCCAUCUCGGGACUUCCGCUUCCGGCUCUAUCGGACGUUUCGGCUGUAACGAUGAUCGGAGACAUCCUGCUCUUCGGGACGCUACUGAUGAACGCCGGAGCGGUGCUUAAUUUUAAGCUGAAAAAGAAGGACACACAAGGCUUUGGGGAGGAAUCCAGGGAACCCGGCACAGGUGACAACAUCCGGGAGUUCUUACUGAGCCUCAGAUACUUCCGAAUCUUCAUCGCCCUGUGGAAUGUUUUCAUGAUGUUCUGCAUGAUCGUGCUAUUUGGCUCCUGAGCUCCAGAUACGGAACUAAGAACACGCCUUCCUAGAUGCUGAGUUUUUCUUCAUUCCUGAUAACUUCAAGAAUGUUUCUGACUGGAAAACCGGUGACCUUCCCAGAAAGCCCAAGCUUGUGGUGGGUGAAAAAAAUGUUCGCCAAGAUGCACUUGGUUUCCCGGCCACAUCACCGUUUUGUUUUUAAAGACAUUUUCCCAUUGGUCUCUGCAUUGAAACAUUGCCUACUUAAGGAGUUUCAGGAGGGAGUGAGGGGUUGUGAUAACAUUGCAUUCCCCAUAGAAAAGGUAGUUUUUAUCAGAGUGAAAUCCUACUUCCACCAGGCUUUCACUGGAAACAUGUUCCUGGCUAUUUCUCUCUGUAUUUCUAAUAACUGUUGCUUUGGUUUGAAUUAAACAGAUUUUUAGAAAUCGUUUAUUUCUGAGGAUCUGAAGCAGAAAAGUUGGCUUUUAAGUUUGAUGAAGCCUCUUUAUUGGACUCUGUUUGUGAAUAACAAAGUUCAUUGUUGCUAGGUCUGAAUCCAAGUUCCUUCUCUGUCACAGUAGGUUCUGCUUGGCUAUUCAGUGUAGCUGUUACCCCCAGGACUUUAAGAAUGAAAUAUUACUGGUUCCCAUGGAAAAGAGGUAUAAAACAGCUGACAGGGGCAGACGGGUGUUUUAUGAGAAAUUUUGCUUGGUUUUGAAAGCACUCUGUUAAGGAACCAUUAAUUGUACAAUUAAAAAAAUUCUUUUAAGAUUUUAAAAUUUAUUUUUAGAGAGAUGGGAAGUAAUGUGCAAGAGAAACAUCCAUCAGUUGGUUGCCUUGCAUGCCCCAAACCAGGGACUUAGCCUGCAACCCAGGCAUGUUCCCUGACCAGGAAUCGAACCAGCGACCCUCCAUUUUACAGGCCAGUGCGCAAUUCAGUGAGCCAUACCAGCCAGGGCUGUACAAUUUGUAGAGUGAGAAUGAUUUAUGUGGUAAUGUUGGGACCUAGUUCUGAAGCUUGAGGUUUUUGGGUCUGUUUUUUAAGUGGGGGGUUUCAAGGUUUAAAAAAUAACGAGCCUCACCUGAGCAUUUUUGACAGAAGCUUUGAAAGAGAGUCUGGUUUAAUUGCCAAAGUGAAAUGCUGGUGGUCAGCACCUGGAUCCCAGAGGCCCUUGAUUUGUCUGUUGUGGUUUUUGAAAUCCUGACUUGUAGGUAAACCUGGUGGGAGGAAGAAGCCAACACGCAGGCUUUUAGAACCAAGUGAGCAUUGAGCGUUGAAAAUGAAGCUCAUUUUCCCAAAAGACCUUUUGUUUUACAUUUUUGACCAAGAAGUUGACACUAACUUGAGUCAUUUUGAUUAGGCUGUGUGAAACACCUAGGAGUCAUUUUGGAGGCUAUCAAAAAGGAACAAUGUUCCCUUUUGGAUUCUGCUCAAUGAAUGUUGGACAAGGAUGGACGAGUAAGAUUCUGACCUGACUGCACCUAGAAUAGAAAGGGCCAUUGGUAACGGUAGAUUUCACUAGACCAGGGUCAAGUCCACUUGUACUCCUGCUCAGCUAACGUCAUUCUACUUCAUUGCUUCUGUAGUUUAUUCCCUUGUCAAAUCUGGCCAGGCAUCUCCCCGUGGUUUGUAAGUAUCAGGGUGCAUAGCUUCUGAGUUGAGUUUUGCCCAGGCCUGAGUUCUUGGAGCAAGAAUGUACGUGCCAAAAUCUUGGCUGGUCAUUCUUCAGACUGCAUGAAUGGUGUGAGGAAACCUCUGCCUCAUUCAGAUUCACACUGACAUUUCAAUGAGGCAAGGCAUUUGUGUGUUAUGGGAAUGAAUUAUUCUCAGAGAAGACAAUGGUGUCAUUGAGAUUUUGUUUCAAUAAUUGUAUUUUUUUUUUCCAGAGAACUAUUAUCUCAUUGUUAAGUUCUCAUAAGCAGGGUGACUUUGGGGGAUGCAUGUUGGAGCCUGCAGUACAUUUUAAAACCGCAUAUCAUGAAUCCUUAGAAAGCUUUUCAUGAAUGCUUACUGGUACCAAAGCUUAUCAGAGGUUGAAUUUUGGGUGCAUAGGAUCCCACAACAUUUAACUGCUCAUGUUCAGGGUCAGUUAGAUAAGAGGUUGGAUUUCACCUCUGUUCCUUGUUGGAGGGACCUUGGCUAACUGCUUCCCCUCUCUAAGCCUCAGUUUCCAUAUCUCUAAAACGGGCUUGAAAGUCACACUCACUUGGGUUUGUUAUAAGGUUUGGUGAAUUUGAACUUGGGCUGGGCCCUUGAGCAGAUGCCCAGCACUGGGUAAGCACUCGAUACCUGUGGGUUUCCUCACUGCCAUGUUUUCUCUCUUCUCACCUAGAUUCAUUCGUUCAGUCCACACCUGCGCCAUGAAGGGGCGAUCACAACAAUUUAAAAAAUUGGAAACACUUUCCAGCAUGGAAAAUCUUUCCCCAUCUUCCCAUUUCCUAUACAGUGUUUUUCUUAUGCCGGUUGGUAUAUACCACACAGUUCCAGUGGUGGGAGAGGCAGUUCCGGCUCUGCUGUUUUCAUUGCAGUGUCACUUCCUUCAUAUUUUCUGGGCUGCCAGAAAGGCUUCAUGGUCCUCAUUUUUAAUUACUGUGCAGGGUCAAUAAAUUUCUUUUUAAGCUAGGCCUUCUCACUUGAUUCAGUUGUACUUUGUCCACUGUUAUAAAUAUCACAGCUGUCACCAGUGUUAGGACCUUCACUGGCUUCCCUCACUGGUACUUCCAGGAGCGCUCCAGAAGGUGACAUUAGUAUGUACCACCAUUAUGGCUUCAGUGGCUUUCAUUUAUUUUAUUUUGUUUUAGUUUCUUAACUAUCAAUGUAUGUUUAUUUUGGAAAAAUUAUUAUGUAAUACAGCUUGUUUCUGUAUUUUUUCCUAAAGUAACAUUCUUAAUAACUGCAGAUAAGCCAUUGUAAGGAUAUAUUAAUUAAUUUAACCACCUAACUGACGGAGAUUUGAGUUGUCUCCAGUUUUGGUCUGUUGUAAAUAACACUGCAGUGAACAUCUCAGUGUAUCAUUCCUAGUGGCUUUUUGAGGUCACUGUUAAUAAGAGAUCCACCUUGACAACUUCAAGUAAAAAUGCCAAAGAAAAAUGUA